GAAUCUACGGGAAGCACUUGAACGCACACUAGCUACAUGUGACAACAACUAGCUAGCUAGCUUUUGGCUAAAUAUAAUUAACAUUUGUGAAAUGCAAAACCCGGGACUUUAAACUGCGUUACAGUGCGUGUUAAAACGUAUUUUAGACACGCUCCCAUGGUUUUAACUGGGAAAGUAACUUAGCAUUUACAAGCUAACUUAUGCUACCAUUAGCUCAUCUCCAAGUUCUGUGUCAGUGAAACUGCUAGCAUUAGCUAGCUAGCUAGCAGCAAAGGAUUCGGAGAUGUUUACAUCCAGCCUUUCUACACAACAACAGAGAGAACUGGCGAGAAGACUCACCACGUUCCUGUCUCAGUACAGCCACGUGUCCGACUCCUAUAUCAUUGAGUUCUUCACUGAAGAUCUCUGGCACACCUUACCCCCCAGCUGGCAGCCUGUGCUGCAGGACCUGUCCUAUCCCCAGAUCGCAGACCUGUUGCUGGAUGCUGCACACACAGACAAGAGAUAUCCUUCGGUGUGGCCUCUGUCGCUCCUGGCGUUCCGGGCCACGGCCCACGCUCUGGCGUUUCCCAGGGAGCGCUGCGGGGCGGGGGGGCGAGGCGGGGCGGCCGGCUCGGAGAAGCCCGAGGAGUUCCUGCACAACCAGAGUCAGAGCGCCCUGCUGGGACACGCGUUCAGGAAACACGUCAAACCCAAGAAGCAGCACGAGAUCCGCAAGCUGGGCCAGCUGGUGAAACAACUCUGUGACCAGACUGACUGCAGCAGUGUGGUGGAUGUGGGCUCUGGACAGGGUCAUCUGACUCGUUUCCUGUCCUUUGGGCUCGGACUGUCUGUGACCGCAAUUGAGGCUGAUCACACCCUGGUUGCUAUGGCGUCCAAGUUUGACGGACAGUUACUGUUGGCCUUGGAAAAGGAAAGGCAGAAAAAGAACUGCUCCCCUCUGGUCCCGGUGUCAGAGUCCUCUCCUCGCCACUUGGCGGGUUGGGUAAACCCCAAGGCAUCAUGGGAGGCCUUCAUCGAGCAGCUGAGUGUGUCCGAUUGGGUCGACGAUGGUGUCCCAACGCCGUCUGGACCCAGCAGAAAGAGACUGCGGGGCUCUGAGCUUCAGGGGCCCUCUGCAGAAAAAUGCUGCUCAUGUGGAGAAAACAGCCAGCGACAUCCGGACUUUGUCCUCACAGGUCUGCACGCGUGCGGCGACCUCAGCGCCACACUCCUGCGCCACUUCGUCAGCUGCCCGUACGUGCGGGGCAUCACCUCGGUGGCGUGCUGCUACAUGAAAAUCACCACCGAAGAAAACCCGGCUCCUCCGGGAGUGGUCGCGGCUCCGCGGACGUCCGUCCAAGAAGCACUCCAUUCAGAGUUUGGCUACCCGAUGAGCUCCUUCGUGGGGGGGCUGCCGGGACACCGGCUGUCCUAUAAGGCGAGGGAGGGCGCGUGUCACGCCACUGAGGACUAUAUACGCAGGCUUCGGGAGGAAAGCGAGCUGCUGAGGACACACUGUUACCGGGCGACGCUGGAGACCUUCGUCAGGGAAACAAGGCCGGAUCUACGCAGGGCAGGAAUCCAGACCAUAAAGAAAGCCCACUUACUACCGUUUACAGAGUACGCCCGUCUGGGUCUGGCCCGGGUCGGCCUGCCCCCCGGGUUGCCCCUGGCCCCGCAGCGGGUGGAGGCCAUGUUGAAGCAGCAGCGCCGGGUGGUGGUGUACUUCAGCCUGGCCCUGCUGCUGGCGCCUGUGGUGGAGACGCUGGUGCUGCUGGACCGGAUCAUCUACCUGCAGGAGAACGGCGUGGGCAGUCAGCUGGUUCCUCUCUUUGACCCCAACCUUUCUCCAAGAAACUUUGUGCUGGUGGCUCUGAAGGCGCCAGAAACUCCUAAGGAGGAGAAAAAUGGGAAAAGUCAAACCAAGAUUUGUCAAUCUUUGGUGAAAAAAGUAACUUAAAGUCCCCCAGACGAGCGUGCGCUGUGUUCCUCCGCUACAAUGCUCGUUAUUGCUGCAGCGCGUCCCAGAAGCAACUCUCUGCUCCGCUUAAAACAUGUCGCUCCACGUGAGGUAUGCUGCAAGGGGGACAACGAGACAAAACCCGAACGCAGUGCAUCUGCACCUGGUGGAAUUUUGGGUUUACACUUCCUUUUUAAAAUAUAUUACUCAAGACUCUCUUACAAAACAAGGGAUCCCGAGUCUUAAGGUCAUUUGGUUUUAUCCUCUGUUUUUAGAGAUAUUAAAUAAUGAACAUUAAA